AUGAGUGCAGUCGCUGUAGCUCCCGCUUCUCUCGGAUUCCAUGCCCCCGGUCUCAUCACCGGUACCAUCAUCUUUGCCGUAUUGGGAGUAGUGUUCACCUUUGUGGCCCCCAUCCUCUUCGCUAAGGAGACCCCCAAGAUUACGAAGGGCGAGAGUAAGCAUCAGACUCUCCAUCCUUCUCGUAUGGUUAACGACUAUUUGCAUGUGGAUGUUUUGGGCAUUCGUCUACAUGCACCAGAUGGUACCCCUGAUGAGCCCCAUCCGUAA